GACACAACGCACUGAAGAACUUCAUCCUUGGACUUAACAAACAUUGGAUUUAACUCAAGCCCUUUAAGUUCUUAUGGAGAACUUGUGUUUUAACUGAAACGUCUAGGUAUUGCUCAUUUAUCUCCUUUUCUUCUGGAGGACAUCUUUUUAAAAGCCUAAAUAAUGCAGGCUAUCAGAGACCUCAAGCAUAAUUUCAGCCUCCCUCCUCCGCCUUCCAUGGCUGGAGCCGGUGAUUCCUACCACCAAGGCAACAUCCGAAUGACUAUAGAGGAUCCGGAUCUGUGGAGAUCCUUCCAUGAGAUCGGCACCGAGAUGAUCAUCACCAAACCUGGCAGGAGGAUGUUUCCACACUGCAAAAUCAGCUUGUCUGGAUUGGUGCCGUAUGCAAAGUACAUCUUACUGGUGGACAUGGUGCCUGAAGAUGGUCUCAGAUAUAAGUGGAACAAGGACAAGUGGGAAGUUGCAGGGAAGGCUGAGCCUCAGCCGCCCUAUAGGACGUACCUACACCCGGAUUCGCCAGCGCCCGGAAGCCACUGGAUGAAACAGUCCGUGUCUUUCCUCAAACUCAAGCUUACCAACAAUGCCCUGGACCAGCAUGGACAUAUUAUCCUUCACUCCAUGCACCGCUACCACCCGCGCUUCCAUAUUGUCCAGGCUGAUGAUUUGUACAGUGUACGCUGGAGCGUCUUCCAGACCUUUACCUUCCCCGAGACCACCUUCACUGCGGUCACAGCGUACCAGAACACAAAGAUUACAAAGCUGAAAAUCGACCACAAUCCAUUUGCCAAAGGAUUCAGAGAUGAGGGUACAAAUUCUAAAAGACGAGCAAAUAGAAGUCUGGCUGAUCCUGAGAGAGUUGCAAAGAAAAUGUCAAAAGACUCUGAACAUGGAAGCCCACGAGAUAUCCAACAGUCCUCAUGUGAAGGUCUGGAUGAUGAACACGUGCCCCGUAAGGAGUCGGAGGUGAAGGCCGAGCGGUACUCCCCAUGGGGAAGUGCGUGCGACCGGGACAACAGCCACGCUCUCCGCGCAGAGUCCCCACUGGGCUCGGACCCUCGGGACAUCUACAGCUCUGAACAGCUCGUACCCGGACAGAGCACGUACCAGCCGUACAGAUUUCAUGAAUAUGGCAAGUCCCCCUCGCCGUCCUCCUCCAGUGCUGGCAGUGCGAGUGUAUGCGGGAGCACCGGCCGCUCCAGCCUUGAGUCCCGUGUGCCGGAUGUUGCCACCGUGCCCGAUCACGAAUCCUCCAGCAAACCCUCCGCCCCGGAGUUCGCUCUGCCCCCCACCUGCCCCCCACAUCCCUCCGCGGGACACCAGGACUACACAGGAGUCCUGAACAUGGCCAUAGCCCAGACCAAGCCUGGUAUACUGGGCCACCAUCCUCUCUACACCCCCUACAGCACAGAACAGUCUCUGGGACAGUGGAGCGGGGCAGCGUCCGCUCAAUACCCCCCUCCACCACCCCCCCAUCAUCACCUACCCAGCGAAUACAGCACCCAGGCCGUCCAUCACGGGUACCACCAUGGAAAUGUAGGGGACUGGAGCCAAUACCCAUUGUUCUCUUACUCGUGCUGGUGAACCAGAGACGGGACGAGAUGCUUUCUAAAGUCAGCAUAAUGAGGUCUGGUUCUUCACGCCCUGACCCAAAAGAUGGCGCACGUCACCCGGUGCCUGCGAGCACCAGAUAAACUCUAGAACAGUGAGUGAAUGUAAUGAGGAAGUGGCACUAAACUGAAAUGUUGUU